CGAGCAGCGUCGCGUUGACUUCCGGGUCAGCGAUCGUUCGCACCACUCGCCCCGCCCCGCCAUGGAGGCCGGGCAGGGUCCUGGCGGCGGGGAGGUCGGUGAUCCGGCCGAGAGGGAAAUAUCUAAGCCUUAUGUGCCAACAGAGGAGGAAAGACGACUCCUCAAGGAAUGUGCUGAAGAGAGUGCCCGGUAUAGAGCUUUUCCUUUGGCUGCAGUGAGCAUGCUUGCUACAAGUUUCUUAAUUAGAAAAGGUGUUCUAAGAGACAGCUCAAGAUUUGGCUCCUUUACAAAAGUUGCAUUUGCUGGAAUGUGUGGAUACCUGGGUGGAAAGAUAUCCUACUUGCCGAUCUGUAGUGAAAAAUUUAAGAAACUGAAGGAUUCCCCAAUAGGAGAUGUUCUACGACAAGCUCAGAGACAUAGUUCACAUAACCGUUCCAGUCGGAAGUCUGAAUUUUCAGACAUGCCUUCUCAGUCGUUUGCUGAGCCUUCUUCUCCAAGGGCUGGAUUUCCACUUUCUUCUGGCUAUUCAGAUGAUUAUAGCUCAACAGAUAGAGCCCUCUCAAGUUAUGAACCUGUUCCAUUCAGUGCUUCCCUGAGUGAAUCUUCACCUACAGGAAUCACUGAUUACACCGUUCAAGAUCCUGCUCCAAUUCCAGAAGAAAGCCGUAAAAAAAAAGGUAUCACAUAUGAAGAAUUAAGGAAUAAACACAGAGAGACAUAUGAGGUAAUGAUGCCACCAAAGGCAGAAACACCGAGCAAGUUUUCACAGGAAAAAACAGCUAAGGAAGUUAAGGUAAAUAAAUAUGGAGAUACCUGGGAUGAGUAAGAGCUGAAUGAAGAACUGAAGAAAAUAAUCUCCUGUCUGAUAACUUGAACUUCAUCUAGAUUAAUCACAAGUAUGAGCACCUUUGGUGUGUUCUGCUGGGCACAGCUAUUAAUAAAUGAGGAGAAAAUCCUGACUUGCCAUAAGAUUAAAAAAAAAAGUAUUGGGGCUUUUUUUAAUUUUGCAUAAAUGGCAAGCGACGCUAUUGUGAGGUGUCAUGACUGUAAACAAUUUGUGCUGUUGUUUAAGAAUGAAAAGGGUAACUGGCAAUAACUAAUAUAAAUGUAUAGCAUAAGGUAAAAAUAUAUGUAAAUAAAUGCAAUCACAUUUAUUGGGAAGGGAAAAAUAUGAGAAUCUUGUGAAAUUUUAAAGAGUUGCAUUAAAAGUUACCUGUAGAACUCA